CUCAACUUUGCUUUCUGCUGCCAAAGAACUGGCGAUGGAUCAGAACCAGUGGCGAGAACGAAAGACGUCCAUCCACCUCAGUCAAGCCAAAGAGCAAAUAUUCGGUCCGAACGCAUGGUAUCCGUUUCGUGGUCUAACUGAGGAAUUCAAGCGACGUUUAGCUGUCUAUCCAUCGGACUUUAUCGAUGGCAUCAAUGGUCAUCGUACGAUGCAAAAGCUCUUCUCUACGGUUGUUUUCCUCUAUUUUGCAUGUCUUCUGCCAGCUAUUGCCUUUGGAGUGCUCAACGAUGACAAUACUAAUGGCGGAAUCAAUGUUAGGAAAGUGAUCAUUGCUCAAGCUAUUGGUGGUAUUUUCUUCUCGUUGUUUGGCGGUCAACCGAUGAUUAUUUUGCUCACUACCGUACCAUUAGCAAUAUACAUUAAAGUGAUUUACAAAAUCUCCGAAGAACUUGGUUAUGAUUUUUUUGCUAUGUACGCAUGUGUCGGUUUAUUCUGUCAAAUGUUUCUUGUAUUAUAUUCGGCAACCGAACUAUGCAGUCUUAUGAAGUUAGCGACACGCUCAGCGGAGGAAAUGUUUUCAUUAUUUAUUGCUAUUGCGUUCACAGUUGAAAGUAUAAGGGCCAUACAUAACAUAUUUAUCAAAAACUAUAGUGGCUGUGAUGCGACUAAUAGUGAUGAGAAUACAACCGCCUUCAAUUUCACGUCCGCAGUAAUCCAGGACAGCGGUGUGUUAUGUCGGCGUGACACCUCAAUACUCUAUAUGCUGCUCAUGUUCGGAACGUUGUGGCUUGGUCUUUUCUUGUACAAUUUCCGAAAAACACCGUAUCUAACGAGAUCUCGUCGUGAAUGGUUGGCUGAUUACGCACUUCCAGCAUCAGUUCUUAUUAUGUCUUUCACCGGUUCCUACUGUUUCGCUGAUAUUGCAAAGGAUCGUUUCAAGUUGCGUGAUGAGGCUCCGAUCAUGCGCCUAGCUGACAUCUUCUCACUUCCGCCAUCCGGUUACUUUGUGUGCCUUCUGUUAGGAUUCUCACUGUCAUUUUUAUUCUUUAUGGAUCAGAACAUCACUUCAGCCAUAGUGAAUAAUCCACAGAACAAGCUGAAGAAGGGACAAACCCAAAACCUCGAUCUGUUUGUCGUAGCACUUUUGAACGUAUUUUUAUCCAUGUUCGGUUUACCAUGGAUGCAUGGAGCACUGCCACAUUCUCCACUCCAUCUUCGAGCGUUGGCCGAUGUCGAGGAGCGAGUUUCUCAGGGUCAUGUACAUGAAGUAAUUAUGAACGUUCGUGAGACUCGUCUGGCAACGUUGAUUGCCCACGUGAUGAUUCUGGUCUCUACAUUCUACUUGAUACCGUAUCCGUUACAGUUAAUUCCAACAUCUGUAUUGCAUGGAUUGUUUUUAUACAUGGCACUCACAUCGUUGUCCGGUAAUGAAAUGUUCGAGCGAUUACUGCUGCUUAUUACUGAGCAGGUCCCGCAACGAAAGGUGCAUCUCUUCACCGCAUGUCAGUUACUGCAGUUGAUCAUUUUGUGCGCGUUCGGUUUUUCUCCAUAUCCAUUUAUUGAAAUGGUUUUUCCUAUUGUGUGCUUCUUCUUUUUACCAAUUAGGUGA